GAAUCCUUCUCCUACAUAACACAACUGAAUCUUCUCUGAACUGCACGGAACCAACCUAACUCAAAAAAAAAAAAAAAAACAAAAAUUAUAUUAUUUAUUUUUCUAAAUCACCCUCAUUUCUCUCCCUACGACAAUCCAAUUUGCGUCACCCUCAUUUCUCAUGGAGUUUGAGAUUGAUGACUCCAAUAAUGGUGAUGCAGUAGGAAAUGUUACUACUGGAGAGGUUAGCAGUAGCACAGCUGACAAAGUUGACUGCAGUUCUUUUGAUCCAACUGAUGAACGGGAUCAAGACGAUAAUAUGACUCAAGAUUCUUCUGGAGUGGACCAAAUCCCGUUAGCAAUUACUGCAUUAUCGGCUGUGAGAACAGUUGAUGAACCCUACAUGGGUCAGGAGUUUGUAUCGGAAGCUGAAGCUCAUGCAUUUUAUAAUGCAUAUGCUACACGUGUUGGAUUCGUCAUACGUGUAAGUAAGCUCUCGAGGUCAAGGCGUGAUGGGUCUGUUAUCGGACGGGCUCUCGUUUGUAACAAAGAAGGUUUCAGAAUGCCUGACAAGCGGGAAAAGAUUGUAAGGCAGAGGGCAGAAACAAGGGUUGGUUGCAGGGCAAUGAUUAUGGUGAGGAAAUUAAAUUCCGGUCUAUGGUCUAUAACAAAGUUUGUAAAGGAGCACACACAUCCUCUGACACCUGGAAGAGGCAGAAGGGACUUCGUUUAUGAGCAAUAUCCGAGUGGACAUGACAGAGUUAGAGAACUAUCGCAGCAGUUGGCUCUAGAGAAAAAACGAUCUGCAACCUAUAAAAGGAAUCUUGAAUUGUUAUACGAGUACAUCGAGGAGCAUAAUGAAUCCGUUUCAAGGAAGAUACAACACAUAGUAGAGAGUGUGAAGGAGAUGGAAGCCAACGAACAAGAGAGUCUUAGAUAGUUUCAAUCCUCUGUUAUCUAGACUUGAAAUUCUUUUUCAAUGGAUGAAUGGUAGUAUAGAUAAAUUGUGCAAUAAUAUAAAAUUGCUGAUCUAGGUAUCUGGUUCAGUCCAGCAUUAGGCGUCAAGCGAAUUCUGUUGUUCCAGUUUAUUUAGUUCAACGGAAUUCAAUUAUUCAUUGGAUUGCUUUGAUAAUAUAGUCAAUAGAAGAGACUAGUUCAGUCAAUGUACAGGUCCUUUGAGUCCAUUCUUGUGAAUUUAUCCUAACAAUAUGAACACGACUCAUAACAUACAAGCAUUGUAAUGCUUAGAUACAAUUUUCUACUUUUAUUCAAUUAUUCCAUUGUUAA